ACAAAUUCCGCUGAAUGGUUCACUACAGCAAGUGUGCAUGGUACAUUUGCUGUCAAUAUUCAUGAUCCCUUGUUCGGACAAACCGAGGUGACACCCACUAUAGCAAUGAGUGUAAUUGACUCUAGUGCUGUUGAACAUGCUGCUACAGCAAGUGCAGCAGAUGCCUAUACUAGCCUUGUGAAAGAUCUUUUUCACCCAUGUGAGGUGUAACCUCAAGUUUUUAUGAACGUUUCUCAUGAUCCUCGUACUUCUGAACAGGUGUAAGAAGCCAUUCUGGGAGAUGAAUCUGCGACUUCGGUGAGUGGUAAGUGCAAGAUAUUCCUGUGCUUUGUAAUUUCCUAUUUCUAGAUGGCGAAUUAAAAGAAAACUCUUUCUUUUUUAUACGGAUUUGUUUUCAGAACAUUCAUUUGAUGACAUAGUAUCUUUCUUAACGGCAUUUUUUGCUUUUCAGAUCCUCUUCCAGAGAUGGCUUCUGAAACAUGCAUAUUAGACCCUACAAGUUUGACCCUAAGUGGAUUUAAAUUAAUGUUCUCAUUGAGAAGUCCGAACUCAGAGAGAUAAUUUUAAAGAAUUAUUGUUAUGAGCAGUGAAUGACUUGUUUCAUUUCUGCA